AUGCUUUUGACUCAAAGUAAUCCUUCUACGUUGGAAGCCAUUAUAGAGUUGUUUGACCGUUACUCAUUAUGUUUUGGGCAGGUCUGCAACCCAGCCAAGUCCAUUAUGUUUGCAAGUUCUAUGGUUGUUGUGAGGUAUGGGUUCUUAGCAAGCAAAAUCGGGUUCAAGAUGGGGUUUCUCCGCUUUCUUUAUCUUGGGGCUCACAUCUUCAAGGGAAGACCUAAAGCCUCUUAUUUUCAGCCGGUUGUUGAUAAAAUUCGCAUUAAAUUAGCUGCUGGGAAGGCUAGCUUGUUAUCAAUAGCUGGAAGAGUUCAAUUGGUUAACUCGGUUAUUCACAAUAUGUUGCUCUACUCUUUCCGCAUUUACUCUUGGCCGGUUAGUUUAAUUAAUCAGAUUGAAACUCGGUGUCGUAACUUCAUAUGGAGUGGUAAUAUUAAGAAAAGGAAGAUGGCUACAGUGGCUUGGAAAUCUUGUUGCCAAGACCUUAAGGAUGAGGGGUUGGGUAUUCGUUCCCUCCAUAUAACAAAUUAA